AUGGAGCAUCCGUACAAAUUCUCUACCAUGUGGACAACCGGCAGUGUCGCGCAACCCGAGGUUUUCUUUAACGAACAAGGCCCGCAACUUGCUCAACCGCAGCGACUAGCUGUUCCCACCCAGCAGUUCCGCUCUCGCUCUCUAUCAUUUUCGUUUUCCUGCAAUCAGCCCAUUCGGAAGGCCUCGGCCAUAAAGGUGUCCGCAGUGGCGUCGGAUGCAGACGAAAUCGCUCUUCUGGAGAAGAUGCUAAAGCUAGCAAGAGAGCGCAAAGAAAAGGAAACCAUUCCUGCCACUCCGACCUCGGGAGAAUAUGACGGCAAAGGAUUCACAAUCAAAACAUUCAAUGCAAUUUCCCCUGUUGGACUGGACAAGUAUCCUCGUGGCAAAUACAUCCUAGACGAUGUCCCCCCGACUGUCCGCGCCAUAGUUCGCUGCGGAGCAGGGACCAAUAACAUACCCGUCAAAGAAAUGACAGAACGGGGCAUUCCUGUCUUCAACACCCCCGGAGCAAAUGCAAAUGCGGUCAAGGAGCUCGUCAUCUGUGGACUUCUUCUCGCCUCACGUGGCAUCGUUGAAGGCAACUUCCAUGUCAACAACGUCAUCAACAAGGAAGAAAAUGGAGAUUACGACAGAAUUUCUAAGCGCAUCGAGACUGAUAAGGCUAUGUUUGGUGGUCAGGAAAUUCAAGGAAAGACGAUAGCACUGGGUCUCGGAAUGAAGGUCAUCGGUUAUGAUCCCGUGCUAUCACUUGAGGCGGCUUUACAGCUCCCCGGUGACCGCAUGAAACGUGUCACUGAGCUUGAUGAACUCUUUGCGGAGGCAGAUUAUAUUACCGUUCACGUGCCUUACAUCAAAGGUGUCACCCAUCACCUGAUAAACUCUGAAGCUUUAGCAAAAUGCAAGCCAAACGUCCACUUACUCAACUUCGCGCGCGGUGAGAUAAUUGAUGGCGCGGCCGUGAAAUCUGGUUAUGAUAACGGGGCCCUGACUGGCAAGUACAUCUCCGAUUUCUCGGAUCCGGAUCUUAUGGGGCAUCCUCAACAUAUUGUGCUGCCCCAUCUUGGAGCUUCAACAGAAGAGGCAGAGGAGAACUCAGCUGCGAUGGCGGCAGCGACUAUGAUGGACUUCCUCGAGACGGGCACCAUCAGAAACUCGGUCAACUUUCCAACGACCAUCCUCGCUCCACAGAAGAACUCAUCUGGAGCCCGACUAUGCAUCGUAAAUCGGAAUGAGCCUGGAGCCCUUGGUGAGAUAACCACAUUUUUGGGCUCCAAGGGUCUGAACAUUUCCCAGCAAAUAAAUACAUCUCGCGGCGACAUCGCCUAUACUGUGAUUGAUUUCACGAAUCAACCAGAGGAUGCGGAGGCUCUCCAGGUAGAACUUGCAGCAGCUUGCAACUUUAUCAUCUCUCUGCGGUUUCUAGGAAUGGUUUUCAACGAUGAACUUGGAGAACCGGGGACAUAUUUCUAUGUUUCUUGGGCCCAGUGACCGAGCAGUUUCAUUCCGCAUGAUCAAGCGAAGUUAUUUAGCUAACACGCUGAAUGACUCGUUCCUCGCGGAAAAGGAUUCUUCUGUUACUUUCGUAAUUAAAAUUAGUUUUUGUAAUGAGAACAGAGCCAGCUGUGUAAAUAAUGCAUGCGUGGUUCACUUUUUCUG